AUGAGCCUCAACCCUCCAUCUCAGCCACGGCGUCAUCCGAACGCCUCACCAUCGCUGGUAUUCCUCCCUGACGAACUUAUUGUCGAAGUGCUUUCCUUCCUUCCUGUCCAAUCUCUCAUACGGCUGAAGUGUGUGAGUAAAUCAUGGAAGUACCUCAUAUCCGAACCCUCCUUCGUCAAAUUGCACCUUAAGAGAACUAAACAAGAUGCAGUCCGCAAAUUUGUAUCAUACAAUAUGUGGUCAAUUGUAUCACGCAAUAUGUCUUCCACGAAUUGCAUGGUCGUGACCUUCACAGUUUUCCGUUUGCUCGAGAACCCUCCCAUCAUUAUCAAUCUUUCAAAAUAUCCUUACUAUCGACUCAAGGAAAAGGACUGCUUCCACAUUGUUGGUUCCUGCAAUGGAUUGCUUUGCUUAUUUGGCGGAACUGGCAAUAGAGAGGACACUGGGGGGUAUAGAGAGAAUUGGCUUCGUUUUUGGAACCCAGCCACAAGGACAAUAUCAGAAAAAUUAGAUGGUGAUGAUGGCCUAGGUUUCCCUUUUAACUUCACGUUUGGUUAUGAUAAUUCAACAGAAACUUAUAAGGUGGUGUAUUUCACUCCAAAAACAACAAACGUAAGAGUUUUCAGUUUAGGCAACAAUGUUUGGAGAGAUAUUCAAAAUUCCCCCGUGGUCCAUCAUCAUCAUCAUCAAUAUCGCAAAAUGAGUGUUGUGCAUUUGAGUAGUAGUGUUAAUUGGUUGGCAAUUCACAAUUAUAUCCGUGAUGAUUAUUAUUGCAAGGAUAUCGCUAUUGAACAAUUUAUGAUUAUUUCACUUGAUUUGGGCACCGAGACACAUGCUAAGUUUCGGCCUCCUCACAGUUUCGUUGAAGUUCCCUUUGUUAUACCAAAUCUAAGUUUCUAUUCACGGUUGAAGGCUAUUGUCGCACAAUUAAGACUUUGA